CGUGUUAACAGGUCAGUCGAAGAUAUCUUCUCAUCGAUAGAGGGCGAAGUCGUUUCAUUGGACUUCGCAAGCAAUGGAUUCACUAGAUUUACCUAUGUCGUCUCCAUCAUUCAUGGAACCUUUCGUUGGCAUUCCUUAUAAAGCAUCGUACGUCAGCGAUGUGAGUUUCAAGUCACACAACGGUGGAACGGAUUCUUCAAUGACAAAUUUACAACCUUCAUGCUUGGAUCAAAACAACUUUGUUCAAAGCAGCAGUCAGGUAAUAGAUGACUUUCCUUCCCAUAGCACUUCAUAUGGAUCAACUGGAAAUCUCUAUACACAUGCUCCGGCUAUCGACCACCGACUGUUUUCACCACAAUCACAUAACAUGCAUCACGCUUUAACAGAUUCAUCAAGCGCGCUAUACUCAAGUCGCGAUUCAACAAGACACGAAAGCGAAAAGACGGACCUUUCACCAUCUAGUUUGGAUCCUAAUGUAGCUUUCCCAAGCCACCAGAUUUCUACUCCUAGCUUUUCGAGGCCAAGGUAUCCUGGAGAUCAAAAUGAUGCAUUUUCUUAUCCUGACCAUCCUCCCUAUGCUACUAAUCCAUUCGUUUAUUUUCAACCUACGACGCCCAGGAUGAAGCAGUCCAACUAUCAGACCUCGUACAAUCCGCUUUAUCCCCCAACAAAUCGUCAAUACCCAAACGUUAUUUGCGACCCACAUGAUUAUCACUAUCCCGUUGGAGACGUAUUUCCUAAUUCACCGUCAACUAAACGAUUUGGCGCUGUUGGUCAUCAACAAUCCGAUACUAAACCUCGCCAGUGUUUGACAUCAGGCGAAGCAGUUGAUGUUGAAGGCGUUGACGAUUCUUGUCGCUGUAAAAACACUGUAGAAGGGACGAAAACAUCGGUCAGAAGGUUUCGUAAGUGGUACAAAGACAAAUUCGCGAAGAACUUAGACAUGAACCGUGUCGAUAGAACAAUGGCAAUUUCGUUACUCAAAGACUUUUUCCUAGAGAUUCGUGACACCCGACCCGGUAAAGAAGGCAACGAAUACGAGCCUGUGACUUUAACAACUUACAGAAACGGUUUACGCCGAUAUUUCCUAGAGAGAAAAGUUCCACCCGCUCCUGAUAAUUUUGACUUGGCUGAUAAAGAAUUUGAUAUCGUUAACUAUCAUCUAAUCACGAAACGGAACGAACUGAAAAGAAACGGUAAAGGCAACCAUCCUAACGUUGUUGAAAGCAUUACGGAAGAUCAGUUAGAGAAGAUGUGGGCUUCUGGUGCAAUAGGUACACAUAGUCCUAGAGCUCUACUGAGACUCCAAUGGUGGCUAAAUACAAUACAUCAUGGUAUAAGAGGAAGAAUGGCGCAUCAUGAUCUAAACAUCGAGGAUUUCCAAAUCUCGCGUUCCAUGGAAGGAAAACUUUGCAUUGAACAUGUGAAGAAUACGGCAAAACGAAAGCUUUCGGUUGAAAACGAUAACGACUACACGCGAAAUAAACGAAAAUGCAAGGCAAGAAUGAUAGCAACUGACGGAAGCGAGCGAGAUCCCGUCAGAGCAUUUGAGGUAUAUUUGAAACACCGACCGCCUGGAAUAUUCUUUUACCUCACACCAAAACACAAACCAAAAGGAGACAUUUGGUUCAACAAAGUUCCCAUGGGUAAGAACAGUAUUGGGCGAAUCAUGAGAGAAAUUAAGGCGGUUGCUGGUAUAAACUAGUCAAAUACACUGACUUUUAAUGUAUAAGACAAAGAAAAUCUUUAGUGUAAAAAAAUCUUUAUAUUACAUGAUUAGUUAACACAGAUAAUCUUCUAUCAAAGAAACUUAUUGAAACAUUCCUUGUAUACAUGUAUGUUAUUUCUACAUGGGAUAUACUAUAUUUUUAAAACUAUUUCAGUUCAAGAAAGAGUUUUGAUCGAUUUUCAUUAAUCCUGACAGCAAUGGACGAAUUAUAAUAAAAUAUAUUUGCAAUCA